AUGUCUUCCUCAAGAACCGUCACAGUUCUCGGUUUCGGAAACAUCGCCAGGGAUCUAGUACCCGCUCUAUUAUCCAAUGGUGCUGGACUUCUCAUUCUCUCUCACGACGCCUCCAAACUUAAAGGGGUCCCUCUGGGCGUCGCGACUGCUAUGGCCGACUACACAAAUGAAAAGCAACUCGAGGGCCUUUUCAAGGCGCACAAAGUAGAGGCCGUGGUGAGCACUGCGAGCGGCUCAGAUGAAUUCUUCAGGUACACCCAAGUGGGGAUCGCAAGAGCAGCCAAAGAGUCGGGCGUUCAGUUGUUCGUGACGAACGAGUUCGGUGUUGCAAAUGACGGACACGACCCGAAGAGUGUCUUUGGUGCAAAGAGCGAGGCGGCUGCUCGAAUCAGUAAGGAGGUGGGACUCCCCACAGCCCGUGUCUUCAACGGAUUGUUCAUAGAAUGGAUUCCGAUCGUCACUGCCUAUGCCUCCAAACCUGGGGCGUUCGUAGUUGCAGGAAAGGGGGACACUAAAGCCAGUUUCACCGCUAUCGCUGACAUCGCUGGGUUCGUUGCGCACAUUGUCACCGCCGCCCCACUCAGCGAAAUUUCGAACAGGAUCUUCCUUAUUGAAGGGCAAGUAGCAACAUUCAACGAGAUAGCUCAGAUACUCGGGAGAGAAGUCACGUACACCGCCCUGGAAGAAAUAGCGGACCCCAUCAGCAGGCUCCUGCAGCGGGGCGUCGAGGAAGGUUGGAUGCGUACGGGCGCUGGUCCGGGAUACCCACCCUCGUCGUCCAAGGAAAUAGAAAGGAGGUCGAGCAGUUGA